UCUUUUUCGGGGGUGAUCCGUGAGCUUCUUCUCGACAGAAAGAGGUGACUCUGGACCGAUCUUCAAAUCGGAGCGGUGAGGGAGUGAUUAGUAAUUUGAUGAGAAUUGCUCGUAGAGGCGCAGCUCCAUUUUCUUUUAAAUGCCACCUCCUUGGCCGCUCUAUAGAGAAACAGAAUUCGCCAUUUUAAUAACUUCACAGAAGAGGAACCGAGGAAGACGAAGACUCUCUCUCUCUCUCUCUCUCUCUCUGCGCUGUCGUCUGAAGAAGAAGAAGAUAAUCGUAGAGAGCUCGAAAGGCUUUCUGGGACUGGUGCACGGUCGACAUGGGCCGUCGUGAGUUGUUCGCUGCGUUCGAUGCGGCCGUCCGGAUGAGACUGAAGAAUGGGAACGGGAUUCGUCAAUCGAGUCUCGUCGCCGAAAGGUUUCUGCUCCGUCAUUUGGGUCAGCUUCGAAGCGGGUGCGCAAUCGGUGCCCUGCAGCUGCACCGCGAUGUCGUCUUCGGUGAAUGUCCGAAAUCUCUCGGCUUGACUGGAAAUGUGUCGGGAGGAUUCGCCGUGGUUCGUGGGUUGCAAGCAAGUUCUCUCCUUUUGGGGCGGAACGUCUGUACCUCGGCUCGCCCGGUUAGAGGAACUACUUCGGAUGAAUCUCGAGUGGAUAGAGAUUUCUUUGUACGGCAAUGGGUGGCGGAUAAGAAGAAAAUGAAAAACCUUCGAGACAAAGGAAGAGCGAGAUUGGUGAAGCAGGAGAGUUAUGGUCAAGUAGCUUACGGCGCCGAUAGAGAUGCAUCGGAAAGGUCGUCGUUGGGCGAUACAGAACCGGGCUCUGGCGGAACGGUUCUAAAGCAACCGCCUACCAGCCAAGCUGUUACUGGCUAUCUGAAACCUGCAUCACCAGAGGAGGCCUAUGUUGCACCUCUUCUUGCCAGGUCCAAUUUGCUGAUUACGAGGGAUAUAGAGUGGGCCAACCUUGUAUUCGGCUUUGAGCAGGAGAAUCGAUAUGCAAUUGUGGAUGUUUGUUACCCUCAGUCGCCUGUAGGUUUUAUACGCGAACAAAGCAACGUCCUUGCCAGACAGUUUCUUCGCACAAGGCGCCCUUUCGUUGCAUACAUAACUGAUGCCAUGGGCAAAGAGCUCUUCAGGGUCCGCCGGCCUUUCUGGUGGAUUACCAGCUCUAUUUAUGCAGAGGUUAAUGGUAAGGAAGUUGGUGUGGUUCACAGACGAUGGCAUCUAUGGAGGAGGGUUUAUGAUUUGUAUCUAGGGAACAAGCAAUUUGCAGUGGUGGAAAAUCCUGGCUUUUGGAAUUGGACAUUUACUUUGAAGGACAUAGAUGGGCAAGUAUUGGCUCAAGUAGAUCGUGAUUGGAGGGGUUUCGGUUUCGAGAUAUUUACUGAUGCUGGUCAGUAUGUCAUCCGCUUUGGAAGUUCUGAUCCUAUCUCUAAGACUGGCCCAGCUAGUGUGGUAGAGGAGUUGGAAGUUGCUCGGCCUUUGACCCUCUCAGAAAGAGCCGUGGCAGUUGCUCUUGCUAUUUCACUGGAUAAUGAUUAUUUCUCUAGGCAUGGUGGAUGGGCAAUUCCUUUUGUUGUUGUUGGCGAGUAAAUAUGUGUCCGCACUGAAGCCCCCAUUACAUAACUUUUUUCUAAGGGACGAUGCAACUCGUAAGCUCUUGGAGUAAUGCAUAUGCUUAGUCAAUGGGCGAGCUAAGAGAGAACAAAGAAUGAGUCUCAUGUUUGAUGUUAAACAGAUGCGAUCAUGUGCGAGAACAGUUUGAAGGAGGUUCGUGCAACCGAAAGCGAAGGCACUGGAGAAAAAUGUGCAAAGAGGGAUAGAGUUGGAUGGGAGCAGCGAACAAGCUCUCAAAUCUUAAAUUGUGGGCAGCGAACGUGACUGUUCCUGUUUUGAUACCGAUGCGAGCUCAUAAAGUAAAAUUAAAGCUCCAAUUGUUUUGUGAAAAAAUUUAACAUUUUUCAGUAAUGUUCUUCAAGAAGUCAUUUUCCAGGGAAAAGAUUAUUUUCUGGUACUUGACUGAAAUAUGAUAAUGAACUGAAAAUUAUUUUUUGUUGUUUGGAAAGAAAA